GUACGCUUGAGCAAGACAAAGUCCAUGUUUUCCUGUGUUCAUCAUCUGCGUWUUGGAUAUUUUGGUGAACUUCCCCCUUUUAAGACUCUAAGAUGUCUGCAUCUAAAUCUCCAAAGCUAGAAAGUGGUAUAAGAAAACGCAAGAGAAGAAGUUCGUCAUCUGAAAAUGCGGAAACGUCUGAAAAUGGCUUUGUUUUGAAGAAAGCUCGCCAGAUCGCUCCAUCUGCACCAGCAAUAUUUUUUGACCCAGAAGAGACAGAAAAACAGACGAAGGAUUAUGAACCUAUCACACUUGAGGAAGCUCAAAAUGGAAAAGCUACCAGACCAAUCCGUGUGUAUGCUGAUGGGAUUUAUGACUUAUUCCAUUUUGGACAUGCAAGGGCUCUAAUGCAAGCAAAGAAAUGUUUUCCAACCCCRGUGUACUUGAUGGUUGGAGUGUGUAGUGARGAGUUAACUCAUACCAAUAAAGGUUUUACAGUGAUGACUGAAGAUGAGAGAUAUCAGUCAUUGUUGCAUAGUAGAUACGUUGAUGAAGUAAUCAGAGAUGCACCAUGGACAAUUGAUAAAGAGUUCAUUGAUUUACACAAGAUUGACUUUGUAGCUCACGAUGACAUCCCAUACAAGUCUGCUGGUGCUGAUGAUGUAUAUAAAGAUAUUAAAGCCAUGGGGAAGUUUAUACCUACACAACGAACAGAGGGGAUAUCCACCUCAGACAUCAUUGCCAGGGUUGUCAAAGAUUAUGACGUGUAUCUAAGAAGGAACUUAUCAAGAGGGUACACUGCRAAGGAAUUGAAUGUUGGCUUUAUGAAGGAAAAGGAAGUUUUAGUGAGGAAUAAAGUGGAUGAACUCAAGGGAAGAAUCAACAACAAGUCACAAGAYCUUUUGGAAAAAUGGGAAGAGAAGUCGAGGGAAUUCAUUGGUCAUUUUAUUGACAUUUUUGGACGAGACGGUCACCUGGAUCGACUUUUAAUCAAAGGGAAAGACAAGAUUAUGGGAGCAGGAGAGUCAAUKCGAGGUGCUGGAAGACGAAUUAAGCGUGCAUUGUCACCCAAUCCCUAUUUGGAUGAUGACUARUAUGAAGAACCAGAAUCCCUUUCAGACGAGCCAUCGAAAAAGAUGAAAUUAUCCUUUGAGCCAGAAAUCUCAAGUGAUGAAGAAGAUUAAUUACAUGAUGGUCAUUAUAUAUAAUUAUAAUAAUAUUAUUAUUAUUUACAUACAAAUUAUAUCUAGUUUCCACAAUCAGUGUCAGUUGAUACAACUUGUUGCUUCAACUUCCUUUAAAACAGAUACAAAUGGCAUAGAAUUUUCUCAUUGUCUUGCUGAUUCAGUAUGUUUUAACAAGGUAAAAAUUGAUUUCUGGAAAUUUGUCUGGUUUUUGUAGGUAAAUGUAACUGCCAAUGCAUGUAUCUGAGAAAUGAUGAGUGAAUUGUUUUGUUUGAUUGUAUGCACUAUAAUACAGGCCUACCUUGAUUGCAGGUACAUGUAAUUCCAAUGUUUUUAAAGCCAAAUAACAUCAAACAUUGUUGAAUGAGACCAAAAUGCUUUCAKACUCCAUCCAACAUGUUCUAUCCAGUUUCCAUCAGGCUAUAAGGUUGCCUAGUGAUCAGUAAUGAUCAUUCGUUUGGGUUUUCAAGUUAUGCCAUUUUGCUGAACAACUAAAUAGUGUGCAAAAUUUUCUGGUCAUACUAUUUUAAUUCACAAAAMUCUAUUCUUGAGUGAUUGGUAGAGAGAUUUCAUUAUACAGCUGAGUACUGUGUAAUCAGACAUUACUAUAAUAGUAGUUUAAAUCAAUUAAGUCUUUUGGCUGCUGAGACAACUAAGCUGGUGAUCAUUUUGAACACCUUGAGCCCAAUAAUGCAUGUACAAAGGGCUCUAACAUAAGUAAUAAAGGUAAAGCUAGAUAUAAUAGUUUAUGAUACAGUGAUAUUGUGGCAUAUCAGAGCUAGAGCAGUAAUAGUUUCCUUCAUGGUUCCCUACACCAUCUUGAAAAUAAUUGUCUAGUAGGUACAGUAAAAGGCUUCUAUCACUGCAUGCUCAACAGUUGUCUUGCUUUGAUGCAAAGGCAGAGCUAACUGAUGUCGCAGGGAACCAUGAAAAGACUACUAUGAAUUUGCAAAAACAAUUAAAAAAAUGAAUAAACAAAAAGAACAAGUAUAGCAGCAAUAUAGCUCAAGAUCAGUAAUGAUGAAGAGAUUUAUUAUACUACAGUUUGGUCUAUGAUUUUAGUAGCGCACUUUUGAUAUUUUUGUUUAACUAACAAGUGUUGCAAAAGAGGUUGUUUAAAAGUGGGCUAUUAUUAUUUGAUCUGCUGCUGUUGAUGAUUUGCAUGAGAUGAAAGAUAAUCUUCAUUGUUUAUUUGUAACUGCAUGCCAAAUGCCAGCUUUGAACUAAACUAAACAUUUCAAAGAAAAGGCAAUCCUUUGGAAUMCAAUGCAGGGUACUACCUUAAAAUACCUCUGAUAUGCUACAGAGAGAAAUGGCAAAAUUUAACACAAAUUAAUAUAUAAAGUGGUUUUGCUCAUUAAAUUCUAUUUUGAUAUUUAUUUCUUAUAGUCAAGCGCAAUCUACUAUUUAGUAUUUUUAAGUGUAAAAAAGUAUUUACAAUGCUCAAUCUUUGAGACAAAUUAUAUUUAGUAGGAAACAAACAAUAUACCUGUAAAAUAGAUAYGUAAGACCUGGCCAGUUAAUGGGGUACUAAACAUGAGCCAUUUUCACCAUUCUUUUUUAAAAGUACUCCCUUUGACUCCAUUAAGUACUUUGGCUGCACAAAUUAAUAUGGCGUGACCAUUCCAUACAACUUUUAAUUACCACAAUAAACUAUCAAGUGCUAAAUAUUAUGCUAAUUCCUUUGUUUUCAGUUGUCUAAUCAACACUAGUUAGCAGACAUAUAUUGAUGUAUUUCACAGGUUAUUGUAGGCACUCUAUUGAAAUAUAAGUUAUAAUUAGAGAGUAUUCAUUAACUGAUUGCCUUAUUAAAAGACUAAAGUCCAAGAACUAUGAGAUACAAAAAACCUCAAUUUAUUGUAUUUUCAAGUCAAUGUUUCUUGAUAUUCAUGCUUUUUUUGUUGGCUAACAAGUUUGCCAGUACUAAAACAAUGUGUAGAACAAGAAACACUGAAUGCAAACUUGAUCAGUUGAGUGAUUUUGCAUUUCAUAUUUAUUGCCCUUAAUAUUAGUACUGACUAUGAAACUUUUUGUAGAAUAAUAUAACUUUUUGGUAAUAAUAUUUGAAUUGAAACACUAUAUGUUGGGUAGAAAUAACAAAAUAAAAAUAAAAAAAGGUAA